AGAUACGUUUCGUGAAUUACUGCGCACGCACAGAGAUACUUCCUUCUCCUCAAGCUCUCAAAGCAUUCGAUUUCUGGUUUUCAAAGCAAUCAGCAGCUCUUGCAGCUUGAUUCUUGGGUCUUUUUCAUUCAAUAGACUGCAAAACCUCCAUAAUUAGGGGGAGAAUAGGAUGGGAGGCGGAGGCGAGGGUAGUGAUGGUGUUGUCAUCGAUGGAAUUGAAGUGAAGAAGGCUGACGGUGGUGACGCUGUUACUGUUAACAUACGAUGUUCUAGCGGCACGAAGUUCUCCGUUCAGGUGAGCCUCGAGUCGUCUGUUGAAUCAUUCAAGUCUGUGCUUGCACAGAACUGUGAUAUCCCUGCGGAACAGCAGCGUUUGAUUUAUAAAGGCCGCAUUCUUAAAGACGAUCAGACUCUUAAGAGCUACGGUUUGGAGGCAGAGCACACUGUUCAUUUGGUUCGUGGUUUUGUACCUGCUGCAUCAAAUAAUUCCGCAGGUACAGCGACUACCAGAGCUCCAAAUAUCACCCCAUCUGUUGCAAGGGGAGUUGGUUCAAUUGAAGAGGGAAUGAUGGGUGGAGCUGGUGCUUCAUUAUUUUCUACACUUGGUUUGAAUGGUUUGGGAGGCAAUGGUGGGAUGUCUGGGGCUGGACUUCCAGAACUUGAACAGAUACAGCAACAGUUAACUCAGAACCCCAACAUGAUGCGAGAUAUCAUGGAUCUGCCUCUUGUUCAGAACCUAAUGAAUAAUCCAGAUGUUAUACGCAACAUGAUGAUGAGUAAUCCUCAAAUGCGUGAUAUUAUUGAUAGGAAUCCAGAGCUUGCCCACAUGCUCAAUGAUCCUGCCAUUCUCCGUCAGACGAUGGAGGCUGCAAGAAAUCCUGAACUCAUGCGUGAAAUGAUGCGCAACACAGACAGAGCAAUGAGUAAUAUUGAAUCUUCUCCUGAAGGAUUUAACAUGCUUAGGCGUAUGUACGAAAAUGUUCAGGAGCCUUUCCUGAAUGCAACUACAAUGGGUGGGGAUACGAGGAAUGAUUUGAGUUCAAAUCCAUUUGCAGCUCUCUUGGGUGCCCAAGGGGGGCGUGAUCAGUUGAAUAGUCCUACGACUGCGGGUGCUGAAACAACUACAGGUUCCCCUGCUCCUAAUGCCAAUCCUCUUCCCAAUCCUUGGGCUGCUGGUGCUGGAGGUAACCAAAGGAAUGCUACUGCAACACGUCCUCCUGGGACUGAUAGGUCCACAUCACCUGUUAGCUUAGGUGGACUUGGAAUUCCAGGUCUAGAAGGAAUAUUAGGUUCCACCCCUGACCCCAGUGCAAUGAGUCAGCUUAUGCAAAAUCCAGCUAUUUCACAGAUGAUGCAGAGUCUCCUUUCAAACCCACAGUAUAUGAAUCAGAUGCUUGGCGCGAACUCACAGAUGCUCAAUCCCCAGUUGAGAGAGAUGAUGCAAAACCCUGACUUCAUUCGUCACAUGACUUCACCUGAGACCAUGCAGCAAAUGAUGGCACUGCAGCAGUCUCUUUUCUCCCAACUUGGUCGGCAACAAAGCACCGGGGAUGUGGGUCAAACGGGUGGAGGAACAGGUGCUCCUGCUAACAUUGGACUAGAUAUGCUGAGAAACAUGUUUAAUGGACUGGGAACAGGAGGCUUCACUACACCCAACAACUCUAACGUGCCUCCAGAAGAACGGUAUGCCACCCAACUUGCACAGCUACAAGAAAUGGGGUUUUUUGAUACCCGUGAGAAUCUUCAAGCACUCACUGCCACUGCUGGUAACGUUCAUGCUGCGGUUGAACGGCUGUUGGGAAAUCCCGGUCAAUAGGAAGUUCCAAGCCAUGUAUAUAUACAAUUGUCGUCUAUCAUCAACGAACAACAUCUGAUGCGGAAAUUGCCUUUUAAAUUUCGUUCGUUGUUUUAGCUGUUAUGAUUACUGGCAACCAUCUUGCAUGCUUUUCUUGAGAUGUAAUGUGUAAUUGUGUUACAAACCUUUUUUAAUGCAUUUCAUUAGUAAAC